AUGGAUAGUGAGGAGGAGGAGGAUUUCGGUCUUAAACCAGGUUCGGUGAUUGAAUCAUCUCAUGCAAAGUAUACAAUUGAUAAAUUACUUGGUGAAGGUGGUUUUGGAGCCGUAUACCGGGUUCAUGAUUCCAAUAAUCCGAGUAUGGAGUACGCAUUGAAAGUGGAACGUAAACUUGAAACACGUAAAGAUUCCAAACUCAAAAUGGAGAUUGCUAUUUUGAAAUUAGUCUCAAUGGAACGAGCGGAAAAGUCGCAUUUUACAAAAAUUAUUGAUCGAGGUAAGAAGGAGAAAUUUUUUUUUCUUGUUAUGCAACUCGUUGGAAAAUCACUUGCCGAUCUUAAAGCUUUACGACCGCAUAAGGUAUUCUCAAUGCAUACUGGUUUGGGAGCAUCAAUACAAUGUCUUGAAGCAGUGGAAGAUUUACAUAAACAUGGUUUUAUUCAUCGAGAUUUAAAGCCAGCUAAUUAUGCAACUGGUCUUGGAGCUCAAAUACGAUGCAUUUAUAUUCUUGAUUUUGGUAUAGCACGACGAAUUCUCAACGAUAAAGGUGAAAUUAAGACACCUCGUGUAACAGUUGGUUUCAAGGGUACCGUAAAAUUUGCACCUAUAGCAUGCCAUAAACGAAAAGAAUUAGGCCCAAAAGAUGAUUGUGAAUCAUGGUUUUAUCUUCUUCUCGAUCUUCUUGUUGUAACAGGCUUACCAUGGAGGAAAAUAUCGGAUAAGAAUGAAGUGAUGAGGAUGAAAGAAGAAAGUCGAAUUAAUCGAGACAAACUGUUGUAUGGAAUGAAAUGUAAGGAAGAAUUUGGCAAAAUUUUAGAAUACAUUGAUUCGUUACAUUAUGAAGACCGCGUCGAUUAUUCGUACAUAUAUGAAUUAUUGAAAACGUCAUCAGUAAUUUGUGAUUGCAAAUUGACUGAUCCAUACGACUGGGAAGAAACAGCACGAAAGAAAUAA